CGGUAUAUUAUUGUUAGUGCUGGAACACAUAAUAUGUAACCACUUACCUACAAUGUUUCGUGUGGAAACUUACCAAGCCCCCUAAUAUUAUGUAUCUUACUCCUUUAGUUAAAUCAGUAUGUGUAUAGUUCCGAAAAAUGAAAGAGGAGCUAAAAAAUCUCGCGAUAAGAAAAACCAUAUUAUUAAUCAACUCUAGUCUCUAGUGAUGAAUGUUUAAAAAUUAUCAAAAUGUUCAAAAAAUAACACGUCGAAGAUCGAUGAAACUAAAAAUAUGUCUAAAAAUAUAUAAGAUAUUUUUAACAAAUAACUAGCGUUAUAUUUUGAUUACCGCUGAUUAAAUGAUUCUGCUGAGCCAAAUCGUUGACAAAAAACCUGUUUAGUACGAGUUGAAUUCAGAAAAAACUAAUUGUGAGAAAAUCCGCUGGCAAGUAAGGGAACAAGUACUUUGCAAAAAACAAACUAAUUGUAACAAAAACUGCUGACGACAUGGCAGGGAACAAACGAAUUAGGAGAAAAACCACUGACAAGUCAGACAAGCCAGGUAACAAACCAACUGUGGGAAAAACUGACGAAGACAAGUCUGACGAGUCAGGGAACAAACGAAUUUUGAGAAAAACCACUAAAAAGUCAGACAAGCCAGGUAACAAACGAAUUGUGAGAAAAGCCGAUGACGACAAGUCUGACGAGUCAGGGAACAAACGAAAUUUGAGAAAAACCACUGAUAAGUCAGACAAGCCAGGUAACAAACAAACUGUGAGAAAAACCGAUGACGACAAAUCUGACGAGACAGGGAACAAACGAAUUUUGAGAAAAACCACUGAAAAGUCAGACAAGCCAGGUAACAAACGAACUGUGAGAAAAACCGAUGGCGACAAGUCUGACGAGUCAGGGAACAAUCAAAUUUUGAGAAAAACCACUGACAAGUCAGACAAGCCAGGUAACAAACGAACUGUGAAGAAAACCGAUGGCGACAAGUCUGACGAGUCAGGGAACAAUCAAAUUUUGAGAAAAACCACUGACAAGUCAGACAAGCCAGGUAACAAACGAACUGUGAAGAAAACCGAUGGCGACAAGUCUGACGAGUCAGGGAACAAUCAAAUUUUGAGAAAAACCACAGACAAGUCAGAUGAGUCAGGUAACAAACAGUUUGUGUUAACAACCGAUGACGACAAGUCUGACGAGUCAGAGAACGAGAACUCCGAAGAAAACAAACUAGAAACAACCGCCUCUAUCUCUGCGCCAAUCUUUCCGGACAUUCCACGGCCAAGCUUUGAAGUCUCAAUACAUAUCAUUAGUUUUGUGUGUUCUAUAUGCCAUAAAAAAGUAAUAGAGGUUCGCACGAUACCAUGUCCACAUUUGAAUUGUCUAGAUUGUAUCCCAAGACAGUGUACCAUAAAAUGCGAAAAUUCCCUCCUUGACAAAAUCUACGACAGGCCGGAAUUGUAUGAUAAAGCUGCAUCGGGAUCUGAAUUGGAGCUUUAUGAUUUAAUAAAUCGGUAACCAAUUAAGAAGAGACAAUAUCCUAUAAACAGGAUUAAAUAAUGUUAAAAUAAAUGAAAACAUAGAAGAAAACGCCGUUGAUCAUAAUAAUAAUAAUGUAUAAAAAUAAAUGCGAUGAUAAUUAUCUUAGAUAA